AUGUUUUUUCGAAGAUUAUCCCUACUGUACAUCUUACUAGGGGCUUUGGUGGUUGCCAUUAUUAUAUUCAAUGUACUGAUACUAUCUUCCAGCGACUCAUCAUCCACCGUUGCUUCUCCCCUCGCUAAUAAAGGAGGAGGUGCCAAAUACUACACUGGUGGUAAAUCUUCAUUACAAGCCCAUGUUGAUAAAGUGGAUAGUCAGGAAUAUAUUAGUGAAGUGAUGAAGGAAUUAGAAGCGAGUAAAAAAGAAGAGAUUCUAGUGGAAUUGAAACAAUCAGUAGCAAAGACUGAAAAACCCAAAAUUGUUCAAGAAUUGAAGAAUGAGCUUCGAAGAAAAUAUAUUGAUGUUAUUCAACAAACUUUAAAAGAUGAAGUUAGAGAGGAACAAACUGGUGAAUUUUUUAAACAAAAUUCCAUGUCUUAUGCAUUAUUUGAACAAUUGGUCAAUACAUAUGCUAAAGAACAUAAGGCUGAUUUCAAACCAGCGGCAUUCUUGGAGAUCCUCAAGAAUGAAAUCAGUGAUUUUCCCCUGGAUUUCGAGGUAAAAGUGGCUAAAGCAUGUGAACGGUUUUUUGAUAAAACAAGCUAUUAUCAACACUUGAUCAAAGAUGUACUUGUUGCCAAUAAACCAAAUUGUGAACCAUUAACUGAUGAAGAACGUGGAAAGAAGUUAAAUCCAACUUAUCAAAAAGAUACACGUAUAAUAUCAGAGAAAUACCUUCGUGAAUCAAAUUUAAACUUACCCAUCCCCAAAUUCAAAUGUCUACAGGAAUCUCAUGAUAACCUAGUUAAGUCUUUAAAACAAUUACCUGAACCACCAAAACAAUUUGUUUCUGGGUAUGGUAUUGUUAUCAAUGGUGGUGGUGGUAUGAUUGCUAGUGCUUUAACUGCAAUCGCCAAUUUACGUGAUCGUGGAUCCUCUUUACCAGUUGAAUUAAUCUUGGAUACUCCUGAUGAGUAUGAUAAACAAAUUUGUGAAGAUUUAUUACCAAACAAAUUGAAUGGUAAAUGUGUUGUUAUACAAAAUAUCCUUGGUAAAGAAGUUUUCGAUAUGGUUAGUGCAAAAUUUGCUCGUAAAAUCCUUGGUUUAAUUGUAUCAUCAUUUGAUCAUACAAUAGCGUUAGAUGCUGAUAAUUUCCCCGUUAGAGAUGUCGACAAUUUACUUUACACUGAACCAUACCUUUCUACCAAAAUGAUUUUGUGGCCCGAUUUAUGGGUUAAAUUGACUAGUCCCUUGUAUUAUAAAAUUGCCAGAAUUGAAAAGGGAGAACCAAUCCAUCGGUUUGGAUUAGCCAAUGAUGCAAAAUUUUCCGAUUACAUUCAAAAGGAUAAACAAAGUGAAAUUCACUUUCAUGAUUUUGCCAAUUUACCAAGCACUAUUUCAGUUGAAACUGGUCAAAUGGUUUUUUCCAAACGUGAACAUUUCAGAGCAUUACUUUUAUCAUUAUAUUAUAAUAUGAAUCUAAAAGGGUGGUAUGAAGCUUUGCUAUACCAAGGUGCUUUUGGCGAAGGAGAUCGUGAAACCAUUGUUCCAGCAUUACAUGUAAUGAAUGAACGAUAUCAUUUACAAAAUCAAAAAUUACAUCUUUGGGGAUAUACGUCAGAUAAUGGGAAAUUUUCCGAAACUACAUUGGGACAAACUGAUCCUCGUGAUAACCCUGAAUUUUAUUACGAUUGGCAAAAAUUCUUAUCUACAAAACAAUUGGAUACUAGAUUAAAUCCAUUCCAAUCGGGUGGUUAUACCGACAGAUUAGUUGAACAAUUCAAAGAUUACAAAAAGAAGAUUAUCGAGGAUAAGAAAAUUGAAGAUGAAGAUACUGCUCAUCGAUUAAUUGAAUACAGGUUACCAAAGCUUUUGUUUCUUCAUUGUAAUCAUCCAAAGAUUGAUCCUGUUAAAAAUGCACAAGAAGGUGAAUUUGGCACCUACUCAAGAAGAAAUAUUGGACCUAUUGACGAUAUCAAAUCAAUUUUCAACAAGAGAGAUUGGGAAUUACGAUUCCAUUCAAUUGCCAAAUGGGUUGCUUGUGAUGCUAUCAAGAGUGCUGAUUAUUGGAAAAACACCGCCAAGAUUGAUCAACAAACCGUAUGUUUCAAAAUUAACAAAUAUAUUGAAUUUUUAAAACAAGAUUCAUUUGAUAAAACUUUUGAAUUUACUAGUGAGGAUGCCGAAAAGUUUUAUGUUGGUAGUAAAGGUGCUGGUGGUGGCGCAGCGGCAGUAGCUGGUGGUGCUGGUGGUGAAACUGAAGAUGAUAUUAAGGCAAUUGCUGAACAACAAGCUCAACAGCAAGCUGAAGCUGAAGCUAAUGCUAAAGCUAAAGGAGAAGUAGAUGAUCCAUUGAAGGAGGAUGUUAAAGAAGGGGAUAAACCAGUAGAUGAUGAACAAAUUCAUCAACCACAGUAA